CGCUUAAAAGGUGAUAAUGAUUUUGAGCCUGAGAAGUUAUUUAAACUCCUAAAUGUUGCCAACAAUUUAAUCCCUCAGUUGCCUCAACUCAGCUUUUUACAUGGUACAUUUGAUCCAAAUGUAAUGCCUGAACCUAAGCAAAAAAAAAUAGUACAAAGACAAGCCCCAGAGAAAUUGGAGAAAAAAAAAUUGCAACAAGUUAAAACAAUAGAUAAAGAGGAGGAUAAUAUUAAUGAAACGAUUAACGUUUUAGAAAGUUUCUUGAAAAGGGAAUAUGAAGAAAAUAGGCAAACACCUAUUAAGUACUUUAAUUUUGUAAUUGACAGUGAAUCUUUCGAAAGGACCAUUGAGAAUAUGUUUUAUUUUUCAUUUUUGCUAAGGGAUGGAAAAGCCUCUCUAGAAAUUGACAAUGAUGGUAUACCAGUGGUAGCUCCAAAGUCUAAACGGGAUCUAGACGAGUUUCGUAAAAAAGGGGGAGUUAAUACACAAAUGAUAUCUUCUAUGGACAUAGAACAGUGGCAGGUAAAAGAGAAAAUAAUCAAUAUUAAGCCUCCCAUUCCAAAACGAGGAUCUGAAAAAGAAAUCUGAACUGGUAAAAUCGAAUUUAUGAGAUUAAAGACGAUUCAGAAUAAUCGAAACUCUUCAAAAUUAAUUAGAACACUUAAUUUAAAUGUUAAAAUACAUUUAUUUCAAAAUUAAUGAUCAACUAUGAG